CCCACUCCAGACAGCAGAUGGCGAUGGGCGUCUUUCAGGUGCUGCUUCUUCCGUGACGUAUAAUGGACUGGACGGACGCUUCUUCAGGAACAACAAGGCGGCUACUCUUUCAACCACCUCUUUAGCUUGCUAGACAACAUAAAACUGAAAGAUUGACGCUUUAGAUCAUCUUAAUGUACAUUAUCUAAUCUCAGUGUUUUAAACACAAAUCUGUUGACGCAUUAACUGGUUAACUGUAACCUAAUUUGCAAACUUGUUAUAUAUUGAUACUGAGGUUAGCACUAGGCAAGUCGCUAAUAAUAGCUAACUAGCUAGCUAGCUACCAUCCCUUACCAUGAGCUCACUAAACUACUCAUCCCCUGCUAAAGAAGAGGAGGUUUGCCGUCCGGAGAAAGAAGCUCUGGCGCUGAACAUUGUCAUGGAAGAUGAAGAGGAGGAUGUUACAGUGAAAGAAGAGAAAGAACCUUUUAGAAUGAAAAAGGAGGAAGAUGAGACUGUUAUAGUGAAGGAAGAAGAUGCUGUUAUAGUGAAAGAAGAGAAAGAAUAUUUCAGAAUGAAAAAGGAGGAAGAGGAGGCUGUUAUAGUGAAAGAAGAUAAUGAACAUUUUGGAGAGGAAGGGGAUGCUAUCUCAAUAAAGGUGAAGGGGGAAGACGUUUUGGCAGUGAAAGAGGAAGAGACAGAAUAUCAGAUUAACACCAGAGAGAGACAUGACUAUCGUGGAUCCUCUGGGAAGCCUCAACAACAUCCUGAUGCUGGCAAGGCUGAGAAGAGUCUCUCCAGAUCAGAACACCAGAUGGACAACGCUAGCCCUUCCUCCCUCCUGGAGUCCCCGUGUCAUGCCUUUCCCGGUAGCGCCUUACUGCUGGGUAUAAAGAGGUUGUCUGUGCUGCUGGUGGACUGCAGGAAAACAACGGGGCUGAGUGGAACUGUGAGAGGAGGAGAAGAGAAGAAAGGAUCAGAUUUGACACAUCAAAGAGAAAGACCAGACUCAGAGGAACCAGAGCCAGGGACGUCCAAACCAGCAAGACGACACCAGUGCUCCCAGUGUGAAAAGAGUUUUAACCACAUACGUAACCUGAAAACACAUAAGAGAAUACACACAGGGGAGAAGCCUUACCACUGCUCCCAGUGUGGAACGGGUUGUAACCGGUUAAGGGACCUGAAACAACACGAGAGAAUACACACAGGGGAGAAGCCUUACCACUGCUCCCGGUGUGGAAAGAGUUUUACCCAGUUAUGUAACCUGAAAACACAUGAGCGUAUACACACAGGGGAGAAGCGUUACCACUGCUCCCAGUGUGGAAAGAGUUAUACAACAUUUGGGAGCCUGAAAAUACAUGAGAGAAUACAUACAGGAGAAAAGCUGUACCACUGCUCCCAGUGUGGAAAGAGUUUUAACCAGAAAGGAUACCUGAAACAACAUGCGAGAAUACACACAGGGGAGAAGCCUUACCACUGCUCCCAGUGUGGAAAGAGUUUUAACCAGAAAGCCCACCUGAACCAACAUGAGAGAAUACACACAGGGGAGAAGCCUCACCACGGCUCCCAGUUUGAAAAGGGUUUUAACAAGUUAAGGGACCUGAAACGACAUGAGAGAAUACAGACGGGGGAGAAGCCUCACCACUGCUCCCAGUGUGGAAAGAGUUUUACAAUGUUGGGGAGCCUGAAAAUACAUGAGCGGAUGCAUACAGGAGAAAAGCCGUACCACUGCUCCCAGUGUGGAAAGAGUUUUACAACGUUAGGGAGCCUGAAAAUACAUGAGAGAAUGCAUACAGGAGAAAAGCCGUACCACUGCUCCCAUUGUGGAAAGAGUUUUACCCACUUAAGUAACCUGAAAACACACGAUAGAAUACACACAGGGGAGAAGCCCUACAACUGCUCCCAGUGUAGAAAGAGUUUUACCCACUUGUGUAACCUGAAAACUCAUGAACGAAUACACACAGGGGAGAAGCCUUACCACUGCUCCCAUUGUGAAAAGAGUUUUACAGAGUUAGGUAACAUGAGAAAACAUGAGAUAAAACACAGAGGAGAUCAAGAUGUUGGCUUCUGAACAGCAUGACAUCGGGAAGAUGAAGGCUUCUGAACAGUGGGACAGAUAAAGGUCCAAUACAUGGUGGGUCAGUAGUCCCCAGAGACUCUGAAUGUGUCUUGACUUUCCAGUGUUUUCCGUACUCCGUAUAUCAUAUUUUGUAUAUCGUACUCUGUCCUCAAUUUGAGAGAAAAAAUCCAAUUAGAGCAGUUUUUCCUCAACUCGGUCCUUGGGGGAUGAUCAGCUUUACUAUUGAUCAUAGAUUGUAGAUUCCAUCAAUGUAAUUGUCUGCAUCAUUUCCAAUUACCCAUAUAUUUUGGGGGGUAAAUGUACAUAUAUACUGUUAUCUCAGAAUGAUGUUGGGGAUAAUUAGGUAGUAAACUCCACCAGAAAUACAUUAACAUGUAUGACUUUAAGUUAAACAAUAAUUUUCACUCAUGACUACUGGUUUCAAUUGACAUUUUCAUCAAACUAACAAGCAAAUAUUUUAUGAAUUUAUUGUUACAAAUCAACUUGCAAGGUUUCUAGCUAACUAGCCUGCUAACGUUAGCCUUACCAGCCUGCUAACGUUAGCCUUACCAGCCUGCUAACGUUAGCCUUACCAGCCUGCUAACGUUAGCCUUACCAGCCUGCUAACGUUAGCCUUACCAACCUAACGUUAGCCUUACCAGCCUGCUAACGUUAGCCUUACCAACCUGCUAACGUUAGCCUUACCAACCUGCUAACGUUAGCCUUACCAGCCUGCUAACGUUAGCCUUACCAGGCUGCUAACGUUAGCCUUACCAGCCUGCUAACGUUAGCCUUACCAGCCUGCUACUGUUCAAAACUUUUAGAACACCUAAUUUUUUCAUGUACUCUGAAAUUAAAGCAUCGAACAAAUAAACAAUUGGAGACAAAAUGAAUAAAUAAUGGAAUCUUUUUAUUUAUCAAAAUGUAAUCAACAUUUUUUGACUCAGAGCCGCACAUCAGGGUAUAAUCACCCUCUAGGAGCUCCAAGCUGUCUUCAUCAGGGUAUAAUCACACUCUAGGAGCUCCAAGCUGUCUUCAUCAGGGUAU